GUGAGAGAGCAAACGGGAAUUGUGAUUCUUCCUAAGAAUCUUAAAAAGGUCACAGAGCAUCGAUAUGUAAUGGUCGGUGGAUUGCAUGUCUGUAAUAUUUUUUUGACAUGUGUUCAUGAUAUCAUACCAGUUCACGAGAGUUUGGAGAAUGAUAUGUGGAAAAAGUUUGAUUAUAAGGAGCUUGAUAAGCUUGAUUAUCAAUUAAUAUAUUCCUUGAGAGCGGUAUAUGAUGAUAUUAAAUAUAAUAUUCGUAGUCUUAGGAUAAAUAAUAGAAGUAUGAAGAAAAAAAUGAUGAAUGGUGAUAAUAAAAAGAGAGCACGUAGUGAAUCUGAUGAUGAUGAUUCCUCCGAUGACUCUAGAAGAAUCUCUGAUGACUCAAAGAGAGUCAAUAUCGUGGGUCUCUUAAUUGUCAAGAUGAAAGAGUUUAACGUUGUUGAGUUACUCGGUGCUAGUAUACCCACUAUUCGUCCGAAGGAAACCAAGUUGAUCAUUGUGACAGGAGCGAUCGCGAUGGCACGAACACUUGAUGGUGAAUUGCGAUUAUAUCAGGGUGAUUCGAAAAAAUAUGCAUUCUUCUUUCAAACUUAUCUUGAUACGAUUUUAUUCACAAAUGUGAUGAUUCCAGAUGAAGAUGGAGAAGUCUUGAAGAUGCUUGAUGAUGAAUUAAAUAAGCUUGAGUUUCCAUUUGAUGUCGCGAAGGUGAUAUAUCUGAAACCAUCUUGUGAUAAGAUGUUAGAGCGUUACAGGAUUCGUGAACUUAAUGAGUAUGUGAAGGGUGAUGGUGUGGAUGUGGGUUAUGAUGAUGAUUAUCUUAUCGCAAUUUAUGAUCAAUAUGACUUGUGUAUGGAGAAGAUGUAUUCGAGUUAUAUGAUGGUUGUAAAUGAUGAUGAAGGAUAUGAUGCAAUUUUAAAUCAAAUUGUUAUUUAA